AUGGCUUCAUCUCAACCCCUUGACUAUACUCAUGUACUUAGUGAUGUGUCCACUUAUGCCGAGAUCAGCAAUAUAGACUAUGAUGGCCAAAACGAUACAUACUCCUUCACUAUCAACAACAUAGUAGGUGAAAGGACAAACGCGGCGGAUCCAGAUCCUACCGAAUUCUUCGAAAGAAUACAAGGUCAAUCCGCUUACUUGAACUUCGACCGGGGAAGUGGCAGCUCAAAAUAUACCGUCCAUGUACCCAAAGCUAAUGUUCCAGAGUGGGAAAGAACCCAUUGGAAUAUGUCCUGCGAUGGUCGAUUGGCGAAUACUAUCACCUGGUUCUGUGCCAAUCCUUCAGAGGAUCCUGAUGCAGUCACUAUCUGCCUUCAAACGAAACUGUCAAAUGUUCCUCGUGGCAGUACAAGCCCCGAACUGGCAAGGCUGCUAUCUGAUAUGAGGCGACUUCCUCAAGGUCGGACAGUAGAUGUGAAGUUGAAUUAUUGCUUCUGCCACAUCUCCCAAGCGGGCGAUACCGCUAUUUCAUGCGAAGAUCUACAACCAAGAAGAUUUCAAUCUCCUGAAUCUGAGCAUUUCCAAGCCAUUCAAAAUUCCUUUGUAGGAAGCUUUAUGCGAUUUACUCAAGAUCCGUACGAUCCAGAGCUGUACCUCGUCACGACGUACACCGAGGACGAUAGGGAAGAUGAGCAUUUCUGGAUGAAGCGCGAUUUCGUGAAGAGAAUUAAGGUUGACAUCCCCAAUAGAACCCGUGAGGCAAGUGGAUCGAUCGGAAUGUUGCACAAUGAUUGA